AUGGCCACCUACGUGACACAAACCCAAGAGUUACGCCAAUAUUUCAAGAAAUACUUCAUUCGCCAGAUCCCUAGGGAACAAAAUGUGUUUGCAAACACAUUGGCAAAUUUGGCCAUGGAUGCUGAAGCAGAACUCACUGGGGUUGUCCUGAUCGACCAUCUUCCCACGCCUAGUAUUCAAGCUCCCACAAUCAUCAACGCCAUAGAUUACUCCACGUCCUGGAUGGGCCCUCUCAUCCAGUACCUAACCAUUAGGGAAUUGCCCGCGGAUAAGGCUGCUGCCAGGAAAAUUCAGUACCAGGCCCCCAAAUACAUCAUGAUGGAUGGCAAAAUCUAUUGUAGGGGGUUUUUCAUGCCAUAUCUUCGAUGCGUUCUUAAAAAGGUUGACAUGAUCCGGAAAAAUGCAGUUGAAAGUAUCUUGGCGGAACGUGAUAUUUUGAUUUCAGUUCGCAAUCCCUUUGUGGUUCGCUUCUUCUAUUCAUUCACUUGCCGAGAAAAUUUGUACCUUGUGAUGGAGUAUUUAAAUGGAGGGGAUUUAUAUUCAUUGUUGAGAAAUUUAGGCUGCUUAGAAGAAGAUGUUGCUCGUGUAUAUAUAGCAGAAGUGGUGCUUGCACUAGAAUAUUUACAUUCACUUCGUGUGGUUCAUCGUGAUUUGAAGCCAGAUAAUUUAUUAAUUGCUCAUGAUGGUCAUAUUAAGUUGACCGACUUUGGGCUCUCAAAGGUUGGUCUUAUCAACAUUACUGAUGAUUUAUUCGGCCCAGCCGUAAGUACCACAUCUCUAAUGGUGGAAGAUGAGCCCGAGUUAUCUGUGCCUGAGCAUCAGCAAGAAAGACGAAAGAAACGUUCUGCUGUUGGCACACCUGACUAUUUGGCACCAGAGAUACUAUUGGGAAUAGGACAUGGUACAACUGCCGAUUGGUGGUCAGUUGGUGUGAUUUUGUUUGAACUGAUUGUUGGUAUUCCACCCUUCAAUGCAGAGCAUCCUCAGACAAUAUUCGAUAACAUUCUUAAUCGUAAAAUUCCUUGGCCUCGAGUGCCUAAUGAAAUGAGCCCAGAAGCAGCAGAUUUGAUUGAUCGGCUGAUAGGACCUAGAUUGUUCUGGCAUUGGAAUAUCUAA